AUGCCAGGAGAUAUUGGGCGCAUUCCUAUUAUCUCCCUCAGUGGAUGUAAAUAUUUGACCGAUAUUAUAAAUGAGCUUCCUAUUCCCAAAUCAACUAAUUUGCCUAUAAGAUGCCAUACUCUCUUAAAUGACCAGAAGGUUGCCCAAGAAGCUUACAGGUGUAUUAACUGUAAGAAUGAGGCACUCGUUGAUGCACUUAUAAAGGGCUUGAGCAGUGUAAAUAAUGAUGUACAAUUUAAAGAUAAGUCCAUUGACCGGGCUGUUGACCCUCUUACGUCUCCCUUACUGCUACGAGCCGUAUUAGACAAGAAUUCAGAUGUUUUUUCUGGUCAGACAAAUCGAAAUGUUCCCUGUCAGCCUGAAGAUCCCUUAAGCAGUAUUCAUCUGGUAUCCAGCGAAUUUUCUGGUGAUGGGGUUAAGUCAAAGGAUAAACCGAAGCUUAAAAAGUCUAAGAAUGAAGGGAUUACGUACAACGCUGUUCGUGUUGCCCCGCUAAAAAUUUCUAUCAAGAAAACUAGUACGGUGAAAACAAACAAGAGUAAAAAGCGGAGUAAAUCGUCAAAGGAUGUUCCAUCUAUUUCUGACGAAAGUUCUUCGGGAAAAACAGAAACAUCCUUUGUGCAAAUAGAUUCUAAAGUCAGCAGCUCUCAUGAUCUUUGUGAUGAAUUAUCAAAGCAAACAUUAGCUGAUACUAUCAGCUUAAAAAAGAAGUCUCCUCAUCCUGGCGAUCCACAGGUAUCUGAAGAUUCUCCUCCAGCUUUUGAGAACUCGCCGAAAUUUCCUUCAGCGGCUUCAGUUUCUCUAGAAUCCAUGCUGAACCCUGUGAUUAAUCAAGUCCAUUCUGAACUAUCAGCAUCAUCAAAUAAUUCAAAUGAUGGCACAUCAAAAGUGAAUACCAGUGAGACAGUUCAUAUGUCUCCUUCUCCUUGUAAAACUAAUCAACUAAACGUGGAGCACCCCACUUCUCCUAAGACAGGUGAUCAUGGUUCUGGGGCGUUGGGUUGUGAUACUAAUCCAGUCCAAACUCGGCGGAUACCUGAUCCAGCUCUGUCUCAAAUAUUCCAUUCAGUUGCUCUCUUUCAUCCCUAUCAGCCUACAUGUGAACCAGACAAGGGAGUAGAUAGCCAAGGUGGUGGUCUCUUUGAUGACUGGGUCGACACACCAAAACUUGCUGAGUCCCCUUCUAUUCCUGCUCUUACAAUACCAAACAAAUGUGCUUCCUCCGGAUGUUUCUCUGUGACUCCUGUUUCAUCUGUAUCAACAGGGGUGAAAGAAAUGUUAUCUGUAGGUGCUAGUAAUGAAUUAGCGACAGGUCUUUCUCGCAGUCCUCAGUCUGUGCUUUCAAACUGCUCAUAUCCAACGACGCCCGGUGGAAAUAUUAUGGCAUCAUUUCACAGUACUACCUCUGUUACAAGUGUACCGGCAUUAUCAACUGCUUCAUCUCUUUCUCUUUGUAAAGGUGGUUACUCACAAGUUACGACACCGUCAUCAACUAGGCUAUUUGAUACAGUGGAUGAGACUUUGACAACAAACUUAACUACUUGUAAUGCUUUAGAUGAACAAGUGAAUAGUACUCCGCAUGGCCUUGCUGCAUAUUUACCACGUUGUAAUAACCAGCGACCAACACAGGCAUCUGUCUUUACGAAUGAUGAUGUGCCGGUGACUUCUGCGAAUUCAGUGUCCCCCAGAUCAGCACUUUCUCCAAGUGCUGAAUGUACUGAUCUUAGUUCUGUCAGUCCUCUAGAAGUACGUACUCCAGGUUCGUCAAAAAUGGGUGGUUCUGUGAUUGGUGAUCAAGUGACUUCGUGUUCAAAACCAAAACCGAAUAUUCGUGGUCGAUUUUCGGCUGGAAAACCCAGAGGAGGAGGUCGUCGUAGGAGAACUGAACUGGAAGAACUAAAGAGAUGGAGUGUCAUAGAUCAUGCAAAUCCUGGUUCGGAAUCAAAAAUUUCUGAUCUCUGUGAAGUUCGUGAUUCACCCCACAAUUCUGCAGUUAGUCGGGAUCAAACGUCACUGAUUGCAUCGGAACCUACAGUACAGCCUGUUACCUCCAAAGAAGACGCUUCACAACUGAAUUCGCUGGAUGUGUGCAAUCAGUAUGGUGGAUUUACAGAAGCUCUAGUAGAACGCGUAAAACGAAGAAGGCAACAGCGGGAAAUGAAACUGAAAUGCUGUAAAGUAUCUCCAUACAAGGAAACACUUCGAAGCUCUCGUGAAGUUUCACCCCUAUCUACUCCAUCCCCUGGGCAAAACAGAAUUAAGGCAAUGUCGCAUCCUAGAAAGCAUAAGUCUGCUAGCUUUUCGAGACGAGAAAGCAGAAAAGGAAACCAACGUACCGCAUAUAAAACGGAACUUGAAAUUCAUGAAAAAGAAGUCUGCAUUGACAUUGCAACAAGCAACAGCAAUAAGCAAAUUCACUUGACGGAUAGCGAUUGCUCUUCAUCUCCUGCCAGUACAGUUUUAUCCUCUGGCCCAUCUCACUCACCGUAUAUGAGCAGUUUACCGCCUAUAGACAGUGUGCAACCUAGUCCUCCUGUACUAUCAUAUCAGAAAAUUGACUCACCUAACAACUGUCGCUCACACGAAUUAUCAGUAUAUGAUCGUCCCUCAGAAUCCAUUGUUCAAAUAUGUGACUUGAAAAGUUCAAACUUGGAGUCUGUUCCUAACCUUAGUGUUACAUUGGAAGGCAAUGAACCAACUUCUCAUUUAGAUAACCAGAACUCUGACUUCUCAGAUGCAAAGCGAAAUCAUGCUAAACCACAAUGGAAGGAUACGAAGUGGCCUGCGGGGAAUAAUUAUGGAGAAUCAGUCAGUGUACAGUCUUACAGAUCUCAUUCAAGUAAAGAAUGUUUUGGGCAAUCGAGGGAUUCAUCUCCACACCCACCACCUCUUUUACCUUUAAGUCGUCAUUCUCCCAGUUUAUUUCAUAAACCACUGUCUGUAGACGUAUCGGGUGAUAAAUCUCAAGAAAAUAUUGAGUUCAAAAUUGGAGAUAAUCACUCACCACUAACUUGUGCUGUUUAUUCUCCAAGUAUGAGUUUAAAAACAAGCAAAACAUGUGUCAAUUCACCUUCUGGACAGUCGUUUAACAACCUUACUGUCGACGUCACCUCAAAUUCACAUAACUGUUCAUCCGAACCAAGUUAUAAUCCAAAUAGAACUCCUAAUAGUCGUCAUACACCAAUGAAUUUUAACUCUUGCAGACAGGAUGAUAUUCGAUCAUCUCAAGUGACGGAUUGUAGUGAACACAAGCUCUCUGAUACGAGUGAGUCUAGCAGUAGUAGUGUUACAAGUUCAUCCCCGAGAGUGUUUUCAGGAAUAGAUGCGGCGUCGGGUUCUGGUCACAGGUGCCGUACACCCAGCACUAUAGCUUACACCCAUAGUUCUGCUAUGGAAGAUAAUGAUGAAGAUUUUCCUACCGUUAACUCAUGCCGCCGACAUGAUGUUAAUGCAGAUUGCGAUUCGAAUUCUGACUCAUCGGAAAUCAAAUCUUGUUCUGGAUCAACGGAACCCGAUGCAUUGAAGACAGAUGACUUCCGAUCUUAUUCAUUGUCUUCAUUAUCUUCUAUUACUGAUGAAGUGAGCAACUUUUCUUCCGAUGAACAUGAAGUUGAAAAUUCUCGUCUGUCAGACUUCUCUUCUUCGACUGUCCUUCAUCAAUUUACAAGCCGCCUGAGCAAAAUACUGCGACGAGUCGAAGAACUUGAUUUACUUCAGCUAGCAGCUGUUGUUCAAAACAAACUUGGAGCUACCUACAAGAAAAAUUCUGAUCAGGAAGAUAGCGAUAAUUCAAGUACACGAAAUAAUAUCUCUUCCAUGUUACCUGACUCAGCGCGUCUUACCAAACAAGAAAUAAUAUCAUUGUGCUCAGAUUCAGCUAAAAUUCGAUCGGCUGGAUCAAUGUCAACUAUACCGACUGGUCGUUUGGUUAGGUUCCUAACCUUACUUUUAGUCAACAUGCAGGAAGCUACUUCUGUUUCUCCGAGUAUUUCAGGUCUAAUUGAUGCUCAUCGAGAUGCCAAGAAACGAUAUAAGCAUCAUCGAGAACAAAGUGCUCUCGGCAGUAAAUCAUUGGUUAAGAAUGGGUAUUUCACUGAAGCACUUUUAUGGUCCGAUUCAGAAUGGAUGUCAUCCCUCAUUGGUUUAGACUGCGCUCGCACAGCUUUAAAUAUUAUUGUUGGACCAGAUAUGCCACGACCUUUGCUUAUGGAGGAUUUAAUUGAAGGUAUUGUAUCUGUUGUACGGCAUCAGUUGGAUUGCUUGAUUCAUAAUAUUAUAAGGGUUACUACUCGUGCUCCGCGCUCCAGUGGUUUCUCUUUGUCCUCAAGUUUCUCAGCACUGGGUUAUGUUGGCUAUCGUGUGACACAAAUCAUAAUCUUAUUAGUGAAUCUCAUGCGACUGCAGCCUAAUCGCUUCACAGACAAUUUGGUAAUCAAUCUAACUUCCCUCGCUAUGGCUAUUCCUUCAUAUUCGCUAACGUCGGGAACUAGUAUAACAAACGAAUGGAAACGUUUUCUUUUGUCUCCACAGACGUCAUUCAAUUUGGUCAGUUAUGCAGGAGACUCAGAAUCCAUGGAUGCAUCAGAAAAAGCUCUUAACACUCUAUUUCUUGUUAGUUGGCCUGAACACUUACAACGCGGAAGUCUAGCACUUAUAAGCAGUUUGUAUACAGAAGUGAGCGUUGACGAUGAAAAGGGUUCAUCUUCGUCUGACAGGCGAAUAGCUAAGACUUUCCGGUUGCUGUCAUCCUCUUAUUUUUACGAACAGUAUUAUGGAUCCAAAUCAAAAACUGUCGAAUCUGAUUCAACUCGAGUUGAAACUCCUCAGUAUUUGUACAUUCAUACAUUAAGUGCUCUCUUCCUUUGUAUAACGCAAAGCUUAAUUCAUACGCCGAAUUUUUCAUUUCCUGCAAGCAAUGGAUCCAAUACAUCUGGUCGUAAGUUUUCGUCAUCUGCUGUAUCUACUCCAACACAAAGUUCACUGGUUUCUGAGGCUAUUACGGUUGAUAAUGCUCAAUUUAGUAAGGAUGAGAAGCACGUAUUGAAUAGUUACAGUACAGCUGUACGACAUGCACAUUAUCUUAUGUCUGGUUUAUUCAAGAGGGUUAGCAUAAAAGCUGAAUAUGACAUACGAUCUGUGUUGGAAACUGUUACGAAUGACUUGUUAAACGUCACUUUUCAUGCACCUGUUGAGUGGCCAGCAUCUGUUGUUCUCCUUAGUGUACUGAGUAAUUUUUUGAUUCAACAAUUUAGUCAAACUAAUUCGAGUUCUACAAGUUCAAAUACAUCCUCUUCUCGUUCACGCAAUGUUGAAUUAUGCAAUAGGCUUCUAGCUGUGGAUACUCUUGCCGCAUUAGUUGUUGGUCUAAAAGAAAAAGCUAAAACGUACAACUUGGACUUGUCAUCAACAACAUCAGCUUUCCAACACAAAAACUUUUCUAAAUUAGAAGAAGCGAAAGAUGAAGGUGUUGGCGAAAACAAGCAUCAAGCCUGUUUGAUUGGUUUGUUAUCAUCACCAAUUCCAGUGGUGCAUCAUUGGUAUCUUUCAUUUUAUGAUAUCCUCCAAAUAACUAAUAAAAGUGGCAACUCAGAUUUAGCGGAAGUCUGUGAGAAGUUAAAUCUUGGUCAAGGUAUGAUGUGCUUUCCUGAACUGUGUUCAAAAUAUUGUGAUUUUCUUGUAGUGACUGCUCACAGAUUUCACCUCGCUGCCUGGUUGCAUAAUUGCAGCAGAGGCGCUUCAACUACAACCAGUUUAGAUGUUCACACGGGAAACAUAAAAGAGAAUUCAAAUAUUUCAGUAAAAAGUAAACCUAAUACAGAAAAAGUUCGACAUCAAUUAUUGGCUGAGCUCGCUUUAACUCAUUCGUACUCAUCAGUAUUCACACCUGGAUUUUCCUAUGCUAAACAGAACUUAUCUUCGAUUAGUGCAACUUGUACGGCAUGUCCACACUCAUCACAACAUUCAUUUUCACGCGGCCGUGCAAAUUGCAUAUGCUGUUCAUGUAUGGGAUGGGGAGGUUCGUUUUUAGCUCAGUCCAUGUCAUCUCAACGUUUUAUUGCAUAUGCUCAUGCACCAAGGCUAUGUAGUAAUAUUCGAAUUCGUUUGGCUGCCCAUGCUCACAUCUCCGCAGUUUAUAUUCUUCGUGCUCAUUCAGUUCUACCUAAUUUCGAUGUGCUUUAUGGUUUUAUUUGUAAAUUGGCGAGGGAUACCUUAGUUCCUAUGCGAUCUAAAGCACUACGCUGUCUUGCUUCUGUCAUCGAUGCUGAUCCUAAACUGAUGUGCAUAACCAAGGACUCCAAAGAUAACAGAGGCAAAUCUAGUAUUUCAUCGAAUCCAAUUUUUGAUAUCCCAGAUAUUGUUCGCUCACGUUUACUAGACAAUUCAACCGCUGUCCGUGAAGCUGCUGUUGAUCUGAUCAGUCGAUUUUUAACACUGCGUCCACAAUUUCUACCAGAAUAUUAUUCUAUAAUUGUGGAACGCAUUUUAGACAAAGGCGUCAGCGUACGCAAGCGAGUUAUUCGAUGUUUUCGGGACUUAUUGCUUAACGAUUGGAAUAAAUUUAUGGACUCAUCAAAUUCAAAUCCUAAUCGACGCAGCUUUACCUUAAUCGGAAAUCAAAUCUGCACAGAUAUGUGUCUGAAACUGAUUCGUCGUCUGCAUGAUGAAGUCAAUAUUCGAAAAAUGGUUUUAGAAGUUUUCCAUGAAUUAUGGCUAACACCUAUAUCCAAGUCUCACGCUCGUUUCUCAAAAGUCCUCGAUCGACGAAUAAUAAGUUUAGCUUCAGUAACUAUAACACUUAGACCAAACAAUUUUGACCUGCUAGGUAGUCUUGUUGUUCAAAAUACAUCUACAGACGACUCACAUACUACUGGGAGUCAGUUUGAUGCAGCUUGUAAGCAGAUUAUUGGGCGCCUCAUUGUUUUAAUUAAACGACGUAUUGGUUCCUUGUUGGUCCCAAGCUCUAAGCAGACUGUAAAACAGAGUGAAAGUGCAGAGUCUCAAAAAUUGUCACAAUCAAGUUCAAUUUUAUCUGAUAUUCAUGGUCUAAUGGCAUGUUUGCAUUUGGUCGGCUACAGCAAACCUAACCUUGUUCGACCUCAUGUUGGAUUUUUAAUGGAUCUUCUGCAUAAAAUAUGUCUAUCCGUCCCUCUACCACUGACCAAUACCGAACAGACAACUAAUCAAACGCAACCGGCUAAUACUCAGUGCCUUUAUCAUCUGAUCAAUGUAAUAGAAAUUGUACUGACUAAAAUAGCGAGCGAUUUAAAUGAGUCGGAUAGUCCUCCUAUGGAGGAAGCUAUGUUCGCUGGUGUAUCGCGUACUAACUUCUUUCAGUUACAAAGUGAUUUACUUCAGUUCGUUCAACGUCAUGGGCGUGUGGUAGUGGACUCAGCCUUAUCAUGCUUAGCAGUUCUUGUCAAUCAGGUUUUAAAAGAUCAAACUCAGGUCAUGUGCUGCUUUUCACAGUUCUAUAGCCUUCUUACUGAUCUUUCAUUGGAAUUACGAGAGGCUCUUUCGACAAAAAUAGGCACUUCUACGCGAAUAUCAUCCAAAUCUCGACCGUCAGUCUUACGAGCACUGUAUACUGUUGGUUUGAUGUGUAAAUACUUUACGUUAGAUUAUUCAUUCAACAGUAAUAAAAAAUUGACUGUAUCCAAUUCAAAUUUGCUGGAUGAAGUUGUAGAUACAUUGAUGCUGUUUGCGGAGUAUGCUUCUGUUCGAAUUCCUGUACAAGAAAAUCUACCGGCUCGUGGGAAUAGUAGUUCUAUGAAUGAUAAUAACAAUGACACUAGCUCUCUGCAUACAAAGUCAGAUAUGAACGAUCCAGACUUAUGCCGUAAAGCAAUUACUGGAUUGGGUUUUCUCUUGUUUCGUCAUGACCAACUUUUUUGUACUGGUUCCGUGCAAUUGUUUUUAACUAGAUUUCUAUCUACUGUUCACAGCUCCUUGACCAAUAACCAUUUAACCCAUGGGUCUUCAUUCUUCGAUAUUCAGUGCAUUAUACUGGACAAUCUAACUCAUUAUUUUUUAUCCAAAGAGCGCAAAGAAAAUGCAGAUGAUCGAAGAUGGGCUAGGCGUUCUAAAUUUGAAUGUUUAAAAGAAUUAAAUGAUCGAGAAACUGGCCUCAGCAGUGCAAUAGCUCAAACUUAUCUACCAAUUGUCCUUAAAUAUUGUGUCGUCACUCCAUCUCUUAAUGUUCGUUCUUCAGCCCUAAGUCUAAUGUCCACUAUACUGCGUCAAGGAUUAAUUCACCCAUCACAUAUUUUAUCCUCGCUGAUGUGUUUACAAACUGAUUCAGAUCCAAAUAUCCGUUUACGUGCCACAGCAUGUUUGACAGAAGCAGAACAAAAAAACCCCGGAUUCGCUGCAAUGCGUGCUGUUUCUGGUAUUCGUCUGUCAUACCAAUUACAAAUGGUUUUGCAUCCUUGUGAAUCGUCUUCACCUGUGAUUGUACGUGGAGCAAAGGAUUCAAAGAAUAAUUCUGAGGCUAAAUCUCUUUCACCAACCAACAAUUCCACAAAUACCGUCCUCUGCAUGAAUCACGCUUUAUACACCAUGCUGAGAACCAAUAGACAGCAGCGUCGGUCACUAAUUGUUAAUCUACUGUCUAUGUUUGAUGGCCAACAGGAUUCAACGGUGCAUGCUGGAGAAAAUGCAACAUCUCAAAAUCGUAUAAGCCAGUUAAUUUUUAUAGCAGACCAUUUGGCACAUUUCCCAUAUGUGGUUAUGGAUGAAGUGUACUAUGUUGCAGAUCUAAUGGAGCAAAGAAUUAGUCUUAUAGGAUCUAACAUUUUACGAUCAUUAUAUCGGAGUUUGCUACCUGCUUACCAAAGUAAACACUCAAAUCCUGAAGCUUCCGAGAUAUCGAAGCAUUCUGGAGAUCGAAAACUGGCAACUGAAACUGAUCUUAUGGAUUUUCUUGAUAAAUGUGAGGCCAACUUACCGAGGGACUAUGAUAUAAACACGUCGUUCGUAAACAUAGAUUCAAUGAAAAUUGCAGACAGUCAAAAUUCCCACAGUUCACUUGAGAAGGAAUUACAGUAUCUGUUUAAACACUGUCAAUCAGAUGGUCUGAGGGGCAAAGCGCGAUCAUCCAUGAUAUACUCAGGACCAUCUUGCUUACUGUUGAUGACCAUCCGCAGAUUCAUUCGUCAGCACUAUGGUGUUUCCUACAAUAAAUCGAAGGAUUAUUCACCAUCUGAUUCACCCAAAGUGUGGGAGAAGCCUAUUGUAUUAUCAAAGCAAUCGGAUCCAUCCGGUCAACUGAUGACCUUACCUUGCGUAAUUUAUCAGUAUGCGUGUAACCCUGGGUGGAACGACUUGUCGAAAGGGCCCCCGGACCACAUUCUUUUACGCCAUUUCCUUAUGUUGCGUCGAGAACUAAUGCUUAGUCAAGAUAAUACUCUAAAAGAAGAAGUUAUCGACAGUUCAUCUAAGUCUGUGGCUCAAACUUCUGAUAUUGAAGAAGACAUAGAAGAUGAAUACCAAACAAAAGUAAAGGGCGAAGAACGUUCAUCGGCUUUAUGUGAUUCGUUGACUACCUCCAAACAUCCGACGUCUACAUCUGAACACUGCAUUUCUCCACCAAAGCGUUAUCCCAGUAGCUCGAAUGACCAAACACAUCGAAUUUCAAACAGAUCUCAGAUUGCCAAUGUACCAAGGAAACGAAAAAUUGUGAAACGACAAUCUUCACCAUCAUCUUUGUCAUCGCUUUCAGCCUCUUCUAACGAGAUAAUCGGAGAAGUUGAGGUGAAGAAAAGUAGUAUCAAAUCUAAAGCGAAACAUUCUCUUGACUCACGACUCCAGAAUUUACCUUCGAACGCCAUCCCAAAGCAUGCAGACGUAUCACGUCGCUCCAACUACUCUACAGAUUCUGAAUCGGUUGAUAUGGAAAACAGAAAAAGCUCUCAAAGAACUGACUGUGUUCGGAGUCAUCAGUCUCGAUUGCAAUCAAGUCCGGAUUCAUCGAAUAAAACCAGUUUCCCAGGUCAACGUGUUCACUCACGUUUUGAAUCACUGGAUUCUGAUGCAAAUUCAGAUGAUACUUCCUUGGACAGCUCUCUUAUGAAAAAAAAGAAAAAUAAAGAUUUAAAUACUAAAGUUAAACAAACUAACGCUCAAAAUCUCAUCACUUCAUCGAAAAAGCAAUCUAUAUCUCAGGGGCAUUCUCAAAAUCUUGUAAAAACGAAAAAUCUUGAGUGCCGAGAAAUGGAAGUCACUAGCCAAUCUAAAUCAGUUUCUCAUCAAAGUUAUCGUCAUGCAACAAGUUCAAAGCAGUCCACUUGUCCAACUCGUACUCUUGCUCCACUACCAUCUGCUAUGAUGAACAGUACAAGUGUAUCACGACCAGGGAAACAUUCCUUUAUAAACAAACCAGCCAAACAUAAUUCUAAACAAUCUGAAUUCGUCAGUAAACAUGACUCCAAAAACACCUCCCAACAGCAUCCAAUCGAUAGUGCUAAUCACUGUGCUCUGCAGGAGAAAAGCUCGAAAAAUAAAUUCCCAUCUCGCAAAAUUACCCAUUCAAUGGGAAAUCGAACUCACAUACAACCAUCAGAUGAGCAACGAAUAGUGAAUAAAAAAAUGGCUGAAUGUUUGAGUUCUAAAACGCGCCAAGCUGAUGCAUCUGUUAAACUUACUUCUCAUAAAAAAAUUCGAAAGGCUAAAACAUUAUCCGAUUCUGAAAAAAGUGAUGAACAACUAUCUGAAACUAGUGUAUCCUCUGUUUCAUCGACAUCUACAUCUCUAUCAUCAUCGUCAUCGUCAUCAUCGACAACAACAUCCGAGGAUAGUCUUUCCACUUCAUCCUCGUCUUCCCCUUCAUCAUCAUCAUCGUCAUCCUCAAUUCCUCAACCUCAGUUGAAACAGAAGAAGAAGAAACUCAGUUGA